AUGGAUUCAAAAGUAGUUCUGAAGGAAAAGAAUCCGAACGAUAAAGCGAAUAUUUUAUCGAAAACUUUUUUGUGGUGGAGUUUUGGCUUGUUUCGCAAGGGCUACAAACAAGGUCUUACUUUAGAAGAUCUAUUUCAAGCACGCGAUGGUGACUGCUCGGGGCGACUUGGUGACCGUUUGGAGGAGGCUUGGCAAAAAGAAUUUGAUAACGCCCGUCGUAAUGGCACAAAACCUUCACUCUCUAAAGCCAUUUUCAGAUCUUUCUGGCUCGAAUACAUGAUAUGCGGAUUUUUCGUAGGAAUAUUAUUUAUUGUCUUAUGGCCAUUAAUUCCUUACACGUUGGCAUUGUUUAUUGGUUAUUUUUCCUCCGAAAAGACACCCGAGAACUAUAGGAACGCUCAUAUUUUUAACUUCCUGAUGAAUUUUCUGAGCGUUAUGACCGCCCUCAUGUUGAACCAUUUACAAUUAAGCCAGGGCUGUGUUGGAAUGAGAGUAAGGGUAGCUUGUUGCUCAUUACUGUUUAGAAAGAUUUUAAAACUUAACCGUGCCGGGUUGGACAAGACGGAACCGGGGCAAGUGAUUAAUUUGAUGUCGAACGACGUCAACCGCUUUGAUAUGGCUGCUCUGUUUCUUCACUAUAUUUGGGUGAUGCCAAUCGUGGUGCCUGUUGUAUCGUACCUCGUGUGGCAGCACGUCGGCGUGGCAACGUUAGCAGCCCUCGCUGUAAUAUUCUUGCAGACGAUUCUAGUGCAAGCGUACCUGAGUAAUCUGCAGGGCAGAUUCAGAGGGAAGAUUGCUAAACGCACCGACGAAAGGGUGAAGGUGAUGAGCGAACUCGUAAGUGGGGUCCAGGUUAUAAAGAUGUACGCGUGGGAGAAGCCCUUUGAGAAGUUGGUGGACAAAUUGCGACGUUUGGAAGUGAGCUUCAUACUGAAAACGUCCCUUAUCAAAGGGUUUUCGACCGCUCUUAGCGUCUUCACCGAGCGUUUCAUUUUAUUCGCUGCGAUUGUUGCGUUCGUCUUGAUGGGCGGCGACAUCAGAGCAGAAAUCACCUUCUCCUUAGUUCAGUACUUCAAUUUAUUGCAACUUGCUUGCAACAUCUUCUUCCCGAUGGCACUCUCCUUCUUAGCGGAAUCAAUGGUCUCCGUGCGAAGACUGGAGGAGUUCCUACUGUUGGGUGAAUUGGAAUCGCUAAAGAAGAAGGAGAUUUAUCCGAAGUCACUAGACUCCAAAGGAUUUACCACUAAUGGUGUACAUAAAGAUAAGCAGAUCGAAAAGGAGAAGUCACAACCCACUGGACUCACUUUGGCAAAAGUGAACGCUAGUUGGCAGGAAAAUCCUAUUGUGGAAACAUUAAGGAACAUUAACUUGAGCGUCAAGCACGGAGAGUUUGUGGGUGUCGCCGGGCUUGUUGGCUCGGGGAAGUCGUCUCUAUUGCACUUGAUUCUGGGCGAGCUGGAGCCGUCACAUGGAACUGUGUCGUUGGGCGGUGCGAGAAUCUCGUACGCCAGCCAAGAGCCCUGGCUUUUCGUAGCCACUGUGCGUCAAAACAUCCUUUUUGGAUUGCCGUACGACCGCGUUCGCUACAAAAAGGUGGUGGCGGCGUGCGCGUUGGUGCGUGACUUCGACCUGUUGCCGGCCGGCGACGCGACCUUGGUGGGCGAACGCGGCAUUAGCCUCAGCGGCGGUCAGCGUGCGCGCAUCGGACUCGCCCGAGCCUGCUACAGACAGGCAGACAUAUACCUAUUGGAUGAUCCUCUUUCGGCUGUCGACACUCACGUGGGUAAACACCUUGUGUCUGAGUGCAUCACGGGACUGCUGCGGAAUUCCACAAGAAUACUGGUUACCCAUCAGUUGCACCACCUGAAGGCAGCCGACCGUGUUAUAAUCCUACGCAAUGGUGAAAUCGAGGUACAAGGCAGCUUCGAGGAGGUGUCUCGAAUGCCGUUAUUCGAUGAGCUAUUGGAAGAAGAAGAACCGACCGAUGAACAAGAAGCUAGUUUAGUGAAAACAGCUCUACAGCGGCAACGAACUAUGUCCAUACAGUCGCACGCCAGCGCUAGUACCCUUGCCGAAGGGGCCAGUCUCCAUGAAGACGAGCCCGAAGAAACAGCCGAGCUAAUGGAAAAAGGUCGAGUGUCGGGAUCCGUUUACUUGAAAUACUUCCGCGCGGGCGCCGGCUGGCCGUUGAUAAUCCUCACUUUGAUCUCGAUCAUCCUGGCGCAAGUCGUGACUUCCGGCGGAGAUCUCUGGCUCACACAUUGGAUGAACGACGUGGAAGCGAAGCAUUUGCGUUACCUUAACGAAUUUAACAAUACCGAUUCAAAGACCAGUGAAUUAAACGGCACUAAUGAAACCGAAAGUUCCAACAAAACCGAUCAACUGGUCACGACCGAUACUCCACGGAGUACCGUUUCAAUCAAUCCGAACCUCACUGUCAUUGGAACAAUGGUGAAGACGGCGCUCACGAUGCAGAAUAUUACCACGACGGAGGAAUAUGUGGAACAUUCGUAUUAUAUCUAUAUAUGGGCGAUUGCUAUACUAGGAUGCAUACUGUUGACAACUGAGAGAUCGUUACUAUUCCUAUGGGUGUGCAUGCGCAGCUCUAUUAGGCUUCACAACUUGAUGUUCAGCAACAUUCUUUCGGCCACGAUGCGAUUCUUCGACACGAACCCCUCGGGGCGCAUUCUUAACCGUUUCUCCAAAGACAUGGGCGUCGUCGAUGAGAUCUUGCCGAGAAUGAUAUUGGACAGUAUGCAGGUGUUUAUGGUGAUGAUCGGUAUAUUGGUAAUGGUGGCAAUCGUCAAUCCCUACAUGUUGCUGACGACAGCGUGUUGCGGCGUCUUCAUGUACUUAUGGACAGUCGUAUACCUCACUACAGCGCAAGCUAUCAAAAGAGUGGAGGGCGUUACACGAAGUCCGGUGUUCUCUCACGUCUCAGCCAGCAUGGCGGGCUUGGCGACAGUGCGUGCUUGCAACGCCGAGGAAAUGUUACGCAUACAGUUCGACGAGAAGCAAGACGUUCACACCUCCGCCUGGUACUUAACGCUCAUCUUGAAUACAGCAUUCCAAAUUUGGUUGAGUCUCAUAUCGGCCUCUUACGUUAUCAUCGUCGCGUAUACCUUCCUCUUAUUGGAUGACGGCACAACGAAGUCGGGCAACGUUGGGCUGGCGCUGUCGCAGGGCCUGAUCCUGGUGACCAUGGUGCAGUACGGCGUGAAGCAGACGACGGAGGUGAUAGCGCAGAUGACGAGCGUGGAGCGCGUGGUGCAGUUCACGAAGCUGCCGCAGGAGGUGACGAGCGGGCCGCCGCCGCCGGCCGGCUGGCCGCAGCGCGCCCGCCUGCACUUCCGCGACCUCUACCUGCGCUACGACCGCGACGCCGAGCCGGUCCUAAAGAACCUGAACAUCGUCAUCGAGAGUGGCUGGAAGGUCGGUGUUGUUGGGCGGACGGGUGCUGGUAAAUCUUCUCUCAUAUCGGCCCUGUUCAGACUGGCACCAAUCGACGGCCAUAUUUACAUCGACGACGUGGAAACCGGAAGUAUCGCCCUCAAGGAGUUAAGAUCGAAGAUCGCGAUUAUCCCUCAAGAACCAGUGUUAUUUUCCGCUAGCUUGCGAUACAACAUGGAUCCUUUUGACAAAUACACCGACGCAGAUAUUUGGCAAGCAUUGGAACAGGUGGAGCUGAAGCAGAGCGUGUCGUCGCUGUCGGCGGCGGUGACGUCGGGCGGCACCAACUUCAGCGCGGGCCAGCGGCAGCUGCUCUGCCUCGCGCGCGCCGCCCUCGCGCGCAACCGCCUCCUAGUGCUCGACGAGGCCACCGCCAACGUCGACCCCAAUACCGAUGCGUUAAUCCAGAAAUCAAUACGUAAACAUUUCGCCGAUUGCACGGUGAUAACAGUGGCACAUCGCCUGCACACAGUAGCAGAUUCGGACCGUGUUGUGGUCAUGGAUGCCGGUCAAAUAGUAGAAUCGGGCCACCCUCAUGAGUUAUUACAAAAUAGUAAUGGCCAUUUCACCUGCAUGGUGAAGCAAUUAAGCCCUGCAUCUGAGCAAAGCCUGCGGGAAAUAGCGGCAAAGGCUUAUGAGGAGCAUAUAAAAUAUGUUGACGCCGAGGAUCAAACUCAAACA